ACCAUGUUCAUCUCUACUUUGAAUAGCUCAUAUGUCACCACGGCCAAUAAAAUAUCCAUCAAUUUCCAAAAAUAAAUAAUUCGAUAUUCUAUAACACCACCCGCAAACAUGUCACCACUGCCAAUAUCCACCCUUAUCCCCUCCACCACCAUUCCCACCGCCGUAUUUCCGCCAAAGUCCCCGCAAUCGUCACCACUUUCCGACCCCAAACAACCACGUCAUUCUCAUUCUCAAACUCAAUCCUCGUCUUCUCUCAGCCUCGUUCCGACCACCCGCAGAAAGGCUGCCGCCGGCGUCAUUCUAACAUCCAUAGUUUCACUCAUCCAUUUCCUCCAUCAACCUCCUGUCGCCACCGCAUUCUCCUUGGGCAUUUCAGGACCAAAGGAUUGGCUGAGAGAACAAAAGAAGAAGGCAUCCAAGUAUCUAUUAGCUCCGAUUGAUGCCUCUCGCAACAGUCUCCAGGCUGCAUACCUCAUAAUCACAGCUAGUGGAACUUCACCGGAAAAAGACUUGGAAGAAGUUCGACGGCUGCUUAUAUCGGCUUCUAGAGACUGUAUUCCUCAGGAAAGGAAUUCCAUUGUUACUUUUCAAUCAAAUACUGGCGUUGAGGUUUGCACAUUCAAAUUGGUCCUAAAAAAUGCAGCUUCAUUGCUUGAAGACACUGAUCCAACAAAGGUGGAGGCUGAGGUUAAGCUCACUGAUCUUGAAAGGUCUCUUAGUUCUCUUAAUACUGUUGCAAAUGGUACUUCCCCUCGGCUUGUAUCUGACAGACAAAAAGUGGCAGAUGCAUUAAUGGACACCAUAUCUUCCCUUAACAAAUUCGAACAGGGUGUCAAAGAUUGUCUUGAAAUUUGA